AUGUCUCUCUUUUUCACACAUUGGAAGAUGUCUGCUUCACUUGGUGUGCUGUGCAUUUUAGUGUUUGCGAGUGGAACACCAAAAGCAUGCAGUGAAUAUGUGAAAACGGAUCAUUUCUACGCAGAACUUCAGCCCAGAGGCAAUAUAAUGACAUUUGUUGGGAAUACUAUUAACUUCAUCUGUUCCACAAAUCUCCCAGCAACCUUCUCCCACUGGGAGAUCAAUAACAAGAUGUACAACACUUACCUUCCACCUGGUUUUAUAGCCAGGGGACCUAACAUCGAAGUUACAUUUCAAACCAAUGUGAUAAUUCGGUGCUUUUUUAAGGUAUCUUUGAAUGGAUCAAUUAUCAAUAUCUUCAGCAAUGCUGCUAUUGUUCUCUCACUGGACACAGUGUUGCAGCAUUAUCGUGGUGUAAGAGAGAGCUUUUUCUGUGAAAAAGCAAAUGUAACAUUUGCUAAUGAUAUGGAGGUCUCUAGGAUUCAUGUAGGAAGUGUAUCUACUGGUGACAACUGCAAGCUACUGAUUUCCAUUUCACGAUGUGGUGAUACUGGUCUUGGAAGUAAUGUAGUACUUGAGGUACCGGCUACAGAGAGUAAUAUAAUAGCUACAUUUGACUCUGUGGAGAUGUUUUAUGAUCAUGAUGUCACAGUUGCGAUAGAUAAUGAUUGUGAUUUCUGUGGAGAAACAUAUAUUUACAUACCUAACAUGAAAACAACAGAGUCAAGAUACAUUCCCAGCCAGUACACAGGAACUAUAAUAGAAGAUCUCACCAAUGACUAUUGUGACUUUAACAGUUUUGUCAUCGAAUACAGAAUAUGUGUAUACUCAGGAGGGACAAAUGAAUGCUUUGAAGAUCCAUGUGGAAAUGGUGAAAUCUACACAUCACGCUGUGGCACUCAGAACUUUGGAGCAGUCGUCAGUCUUGAAACUAAUGGUGUUGAAAAUGGAACAAUAAUUUCCAUCUUCUGCUUUGGGAUUGAUUGCAGGGGAAACCCCAGUAAUGUGAUGGUGUUUAACGUCAUAAUAGGUGACAUCUACCCAGUGUCAGUCAUUAACACCACUCAUGGUAGUAAAUCUACAUCUACUUCUAGCUUGUGGUACAACAGCUAUCAGACUUCUGUUGCUGACAUACGGCUAAGAUUGACUCCAGCCACUUCAAUGGCAUUAUCUAACUCCCUGGUUCUCACUACGUCCAUAACUACUGCUGUGAAGACAAGCCCACAAGAACAUCAAGACAUAAUUUUUGGAGUUUCAAUAGCUGCAGCUGCCUUGUUCAUUCUGACAGCAUUUAUAAUCACUGCAAUUGCUGUUUUGAUAUACUGUAAGACUAUAACAGUCGACAAAAGAACAAAGAUGCAGAGCAUAACAAAGAACGUCAUGGUAUAA